UUGGGGGAGGAGACACAGGUGCUGUCAGUGUGCACAAGGAAGGCGGUGGCUCAGUGCCUCUCAGUAACCAGGAGGCAGCCAGAGACUCUGCAGCAGCCGGACCUGUCUCCAUAAGUAAGCCGAGCUCUACAUCAUCUCUGGGCAGUAAAUGGCUGUUGUGCCCCCCGGAAUCCGUGUCCUGCUAUCUUUUUCAAAAGACCAGUGGUUCCGUGCUCUGGUCCUGGUCCUGACCUACCUUCUCUAUUGCAGUUUCCAUCUGUCCAGGAAGCCGAUCACCAUCGUCAAGGGAGAAUUACACAAACACUGUUCUGAACCCAACGAGAUUGAACUUCACAGCUACAAGGAGUUUGUUAUCUUGAAGCAGUCGGCUGCGCACGCUGUGCACAAUGCGUCUCGCUGCGGCUGGGCCCCAUUCGAUAAGAAGAACUAUAAACAGUUACUGGGUGCCUUGGACUACUCCUUCCUAUGUGCGUAUGCUGUGGGGAUGUUCCUCAGUGGGAUGAUCGGAGAACGUUUACCCCUCCGGUACUUCCUCUCCUGGGGCAUGGUGGCCAGUGGCUUCUUCACCAUUCUCUUCGGAUUAGGCUACUUCUACAAUAUCCACAAUCUGACCUACUAUAUCAUCAUCCAGGUGUUUAAUGGUUUGGUCCAGACCACAGGAUGGCCAUGUGUUGUAACCUGUAUCGGAAACUGGUUUGGGAAAGGACGGAGAGGCUUCAUUAUGGGCGUAUGGAACUCACACACGUCGGUUGGGAAUAUUCUGGGAUCUCUGAUCGCUGGAUUCUGGGUGUCUACAUGUUGGGGAAUGUCCUUCAUAGUUCCCGGCCUAAUAAUCUGUGUGAUGGGCGCCAUCUGCUUCUUCUUCCUCAUAGAGCAUCCCCGGGACAUUAGGUGUGAUGUGUCCCCUCUGACCCCGCCCACCUCAUCCUGUAAUGGAUUCAAGAUCCACAAUCAAGUAGUAAGAGCUGAAGAGUCUGCAGCAGACAAGAGCUGGGAGGUACAGAAUAUGCUGGGGCCCAGUCCAGUGUACCCCACACACCACAUUGUCAUCCUACAGAAGGACCCCAGUAAUGGAAGGAGUGGAACGUCUGCCAUCAGCUUUUUUGGGGCUCUGCAAAUACCGGGCGUGGUGGAAUUCUCCAUGUGUUUGUUAUUUGCUAAACUGGUCAGUUACACGUUUCUGUUCUGGCUGCCGCUGUAUAUGGCAAGUGUAGGUCAUAUGGAUGCACGACACGCUGGGGACUUAUCUACACUGUUUGACGUUGGUGGAAUUAUAGGUGGAAUUCUAGCCGGAGUGAUCUCCGAUAAAUCUCACAAACGAGCAACAACUUGUGGAAUGAUGUUGUUUUGUGCAGCGCCCACUCUCUACUUCUUCACGGCUGUCAGUAACACUGGACCGGUAUAUACCGUGUUGAUGCUGCUGGUCUGCGGAGCUCUGGUAAAUGGGCCAUAUUCCCUUAUCACAACGGCAGUGUCUGCUGACCUGGGGACUCACAAGUCUUUGAAAGGAAAUUCACAUGCGCUGUCUACUGUUACUGCCAUUAUAGAUGGCACUGGAUCCGUGGGUGCUGCUCUUGGUCCUUUGCUAGCCGGCCUCCUGUCCCCGUAUGGCUGGCACAAUGUGUUCUUCAUGCUCAUGAUAAGUGAUGCCUGCGCCUUGCUGUUUUUGCUGCGUCUUAUUAAGAAAGAAAUACAAUGCGUCCGACAAACUGGAGUUGAGCAGACAGAGUGGAAGGAACAUUAAGGAUCGCCUGUGUACAAGGAGUAGAAGUUACUGGAUAAUGUCACCUGUACCUGCCUGAUAGACGCUAUGAGCACCCAAUAUUGUCCCCGCUGUUUUCACCUCCUGGACUCCUCCUCAUUGUUACAGAAUGGAUAUGCCCCGCCCCCUAUACAGCGCAGGCGUCCGUAGUCCCAGCAGGAGACACUUGAGUCGGCCAUUGUUGGCUUAAUUUUGCAGAACACGGUGGAGAACAAAUACUGACGUGUACCAAGCUGGCGUAAUACUGUACAUUCAAUGUGACAUCUCAGGUUCUGUAACGGUCUGAAAACGUCUACACUAUUAGUAUUAUACAUUGUACCGCUACUGCCAGUAUACAUAUACAUGUGCAGGGGUGCCGUCGGUCACAAUCCAGACACAUUGUGGUAGGUAGGCUAACCCUACUCCUUAUCCUUCCCUUAACCCCCCUACCUGUAGCCUAACCCUACUCCUUCCAUACCCGCAGCCUAACCCUACUCCUUCCAUACCCGCAGCCUAACCCUGCUCCUUCCAUACCCGCAGCCUAACCCUACUCCUUCCAUACCCGCAGCCUAACCCUGCUCCUUCCAUACCCGCAGCCUAACCCUGCUCCUUCCAUACCCGCAGCCUAACCCUACCCCUUCCAUACCCGCAGCCUAAACCUACUCCUUCCAUACCCGCAGCCUAACCCUGCUCCUUCCAUACCCGCAGCCUAACCCUACUCCUUAUCCUUCCCUUAACCCCCCUACCUGUAGCCUAACCCUACCCCUUCCAUACCCGCAGCCUAACCCUACUCCUUAUCCUUCCCUUAACCCCCCUACCUGUAGCCUAACCCUACCCCUUCCAUACCCGCAGCCUAACCCUACUCCUUCCAUACCCGCAGCCUAACCCUGCUCCUUCCAUACCCGCAGCCUAACCCUACUCCUUCCAUACCCGCAGCCUAACCCUACUCCUUAUCCUUCCCUUAACCCCCCUACCUGUAGCCUAACCCUAACCCUUCCAUACCCGCAGCCUAUCCCUACCCCUUCCAUACCCACAGCCUAACCCUACUCCUUAUCCUUCCCUUAACCCCCCUACCUGUAGCCUAACCCUACCCCUUCCAUACCCGCAGCCUAACCCUACCCUUUCCAUACCCGCAGUCUAACCCUACUCCUUACCCUCCCACUAAUCUCCCUACCCACAGCCUAACCCUACCCCUUCCAUACCCGCAGCCUAACCCUACUCCUUCCAUACCCGCAGCCUAACCCUACCCCUUCCAUACCCGCAGCCUAUCCCUACCCCUUCCAUACCCACAGCCUAACCCUACUCCUUAUCCUUCCCUUAAUCCCCCCUACCUGUAGCCUAACCUCCCUGCCCCUUCCAUACCCGCUGCCUAACCCUACUCCUUAUCCUUCCCUUAACCCUCCCUACCUGCAGCCUACCCCUUCCAUACCCGCAGCCUAACCCUACCCCUUCCAUACCCGCAGCCUAACCCUACCCCUCCAUACCCGCAGCCUAACCCUGCUCCUUCCAUACCCGCAGCCUAACCAUACACCUUAUCUUUCCCUUAACCUCUCCUUCCUGCAGCCUAACCCUACUCUUUAUCCUUCCCUUAACCCUCCCUACCUGCAGCGCAACCCUUCCAUAUCCGAAUCUUAUCCCUACUCCUUAUCCUUCCCUUAACCCCCGUACCUGCAGCCUAACCCUACUCCUUAUCCUUCCCUUAACCCUCCCUACCUGCAGCCUAACCCUACUCCUUAUCCUUCCCUUAACCCUCCCUACCUGCAGCCUAGAUAUAAAAUACUCCAUACAGAGAAUAAUAUGGGAGUGUAUAUAUAAAAUACUCCAUUCAGAGAAUAAUGGGGGGUGUAGAUAUAAAAUACUCCAUUCAGAGAAUAAUAUGGGGGGUGUAGAUAUAUAAAAUACUUCAUACAGAGAAUAAUACGGGGGUGUAGAUAUAAAUUACUUCAUACAGAGAAUAAUAAGGGGUGUAGAUAUAAAAUACUCCAUACAGAGAAUAAUAUGGGGGUGUAGAUAUAAAAUACUCCAUACAGAGAAUAAUAUGGGGGGUGUAGAUAUAAAAUACUCCAUACAGAGAAUAAUAUGGGGGGGGGGGGGGGGGGUAGAUCUAAAAUACUCCAUACAGAGAAUAAUAUGUACAUAGAUAGAUAGUAGUCAAGCGAUCGAUUUCUGAAAGUGUAUUUAUAUAUUUAUUUAAUCUAUGAUUGGUCAGGGCUGUGCCAGUUUUUGAACCUCAAAAGGACAGUGGCCUAUCACAGAGUGGGUGUGGGAAUGUGGGUGUGGCUGAUCCGCUCCGGGUGGGGUUGGGAUGAAUCGAAGGUUGCGCUAAUUUCAUUUAUUUAUAUUUUGUUUUGGAAGAUCUAUAAAGGCCUAAUUCAGAUGCAGUUGGAGCUGCGGUCACUUCUGUACGGUGACGCGACAGUGAUGGCGCUGUAUAGUGACGGCGCUGUAUGGUGACGCGGCAGUGCCAGCGCUGUAUGGUGACGCGGCAGUGACGGCGCUGUAUAGUGACGCGGCAGUGACGGCGCUGUAUGGUGACGCGGCAGUGACGGCGCUGUAUAGUGACGCGGAAGUGACGGCGCUGUAUGGUGACGCGGCAGUGACGGCGCUGUAUAGUGACGCGGCAGUGACGGCGCUGUAUAGUGACGCGGCAGUGACGGCGCUGUAUAGUGACGCGGCAGUGCCAGCGCUGUAUAGUGACGCAGCAGUGCCAGCGCUGUAUGGUGACGCGGUAGUGACGCGGCAGGAAACGUCUGUUACAUGUACAUGCCCCCUGCUGCACUAGUGAUCUGACCUGUGUCCUAUGAUGCAGCGUGGGAUCACUGGACUCACCAUCAGUGCAACCACAGAGACCCCCGGCCUCUUCCCUCCCACAAUACAGCAUCAGACGGUCGGUGUAAUCACAUCACUGUCACUUGGGAUGUCGUGGAUACCCCAAGAGGGAGAAUAGUUGUCGGUAGGCCGGCUGUCGGGAUGAUGAGCGCCGGGAUACUGACAGCCGGUAUAUCGAGUGCCACCCCUAGGUUGUAUCUCACUUUGUUAUGCCUGAGUACGAGAUGGCCACAUGAAGCCGUGCUCCUGGGAGGGGGCUACGUGAGGCCAUGUUCCUGGGCGGUGGAUACGUGGGUCCGUGUUCCUGGGAGGUGACCACGUGGGGCCGUGUUCUUGGAUGGUGGUCACAUGAGGCUGUGUUCCUGGGUGGUGGCCAUGUGGGGCUGUGUUCCUGGGUGGUAGCCACGUGGGGCCGUGUUCCUGGGUGGUAGCCACGUGGGGCCGUGUUCCUGGGUGGUAGCCACGUGGGGCCAUGUUCCUGGGUUGUAGCCACGUGGGGCCAUGUUCCUGGGUGGUGGCCGCAUGGGGCCAUGUUCCUGGGAAGUGGCCACGUGAGGCCGUGUUCCUGGGAGGUGGCCACGUGAGGCCGUGUUCCUGGGAGGUGGCCACGUGAGGCCGUGUUCCUGGGAGGUGGCCACGUGAGGCCGUGUUCCUGGGAGGUGGCCACGUGAGGCCGUGUUCCUGGGAGGUGGCCACGUGAGGCCGUGUUCCUGGGAGGUGGCCACGUGAGGCCGUGUUCCUGGGAGGUGGCCACGUGAGGCCGUGCUCCUGGGAGGUGGCCGCAUGGGGCCGUGCUCCUGGGAGGUGGCCGCAUGGGGCCGUGUUCCUGGGUGGUGGCCGCGUGGGGCCGUGUUCCUGGGAGGUGGCCACGUGGGGCCGUGUAUUUGAAGUCUAUCUACUUACCUGCCUUAUCUGUGUAUCGGUUUUCUGACCGGUCUGUCAGUAUCUCAGGGAUGUAUUUACGAGGCGUGAUGGCGAAUGCUGUUCCUAGCCAUGUCUUGCAUUAAGCAUCCGGAAUAAACGCAAUCAGAAGUUCCAGGUUUUCCUGCGUCGGCGGCCUGGAGUCACAGUAGAAAUUCCGUUCUCAGGAUAUUUCCGUUCUAUGUACUGGACACUAAAUGUGAUCCGUGUGUAGUAAUGAAAGUGCAGGAUUCUAAUUUUCUUAUACUGUGUGCCUAUGUAAUAAAGGGGGUCCUAGCCCCAUCCAAUCAUC